AUGCCCGGUGUGCCGAGUAAGUGGUGUUCAUCUGAUAUCCUCGAGAUUCGACAUGCAGCUUACAACCUCCUACCACAGCUCCCCAUCGAAGAGGGAGAAAAAGUCAACACGCGCAGCCUGCACGAGCUUAUUAUAGUAGCGGUCCGGCACGUUGGUCUCGAUUGGGUGCCGGGAGAUAAAUUGGUACACCUUGCGGUCAUGAUGGGUAUUGUGUGUGCCCUCGUUGCGCAGAAGCUGCGGGAGGAGAAUGGUUUCUUUGAUGGCUUGUGCGCUUUCGAGUUGAAUCUCGUGGUGGAUGCUAGUGUGAACUGUUUGGCGGGAUCGAUGGAUAAGGUCGAGUUGGGCUGGGAUGCGAAUGCAAAUGUCGAUCGGCUGGCAGAUCGAUUGGUGGAGCGUCUUGGGCCGCAAUCACGAUGGGAUUGGUUGACGUGGAAUUUGUAUGGGGUCAGAUUACGUGACAUAGCAAUUCAGGAUCGACAAAAUGUGUUUAAUCUGAACAGGAGCAGCGUGCAUCUUGAUUCGCCAGCCAUUGCAUUUUUGGAUCAGGGUUUGAGUUUAUUUGUUCAUCCGAUCCGACGCGGCAUGCAAGUCAACAUGGUGGCGUUAAUAGCGGCAAUGGUGGGAUUUCGCAUCAAGAUGAUUAGUUAUGUCGCCGGACCGUCCCGUAACUUCGACCUUGGACUGUCGGGCGUACUGUGA